GAUCAUGGGUUCUUCUUCUAGAAAUCUCUAUGCAGGAAUUGGAGAAGGUCAAUCAACUUCUAGGCCACCACUCUUUGACGGCACCAACUAUUCCUAUUGGAAGGAACGGAUGAGAAUCUAUAUCCGUUCCACCAACUUCCAAUUAUGGUUAGUCAUCAAAAACGGAGAGGAAAUUCCGAUGAAGAAAGUUGACGACAAGUUGAUCCCCAAGACCGAAGAUGAGUUUGAUGCCGAGGACAUCAAGAAGAUUGAGAAUUAUGCAAAGGCCAUCAAUAUGCUAUAUUGUUCGGUCAACCCCGAUGACUACCGGAAAAUCUCCUGCUGCACAACCGCCAAGGAGAUGUGGGACAAGCUUGAAGUGACGUACGAAGGUGAGAAAAUCGAUGACAUGUUCGACUGGUUCUCAAAGAUCAUCAACGACCUUCAUGCUCUCAAAAAGACUUACGCCAACAAGGAUCUCGUGAGGAAAAUCCUUCGGAGUCUCACACCCAAAUGGAGGUUAAAAGCCGAUGCAAUCUACGAGUCCAUCGGAGUCUCCAAUGUCACCAUCGACGGGCUAAGAGGUAACCUCAAAACUUAUGAAUCUACUAUUCUAACCCCGUCUUUGGAUGAACAAAAGAAGAAAGGAAUAGCGCUCAAAGCAACCAAGGAGACCGUAGAGGAGGUUUCAAGCGAUGAUGACAACGAAUUUGGACUUGUCACCAAGAAGUUCCACAAGUUCAUGAAGAAGGAAUUUGAGCGGAAGGGAAGGAAGCAUGACGGUCCUCCCAAGUGCUACGGCUGUGGCGAGAUUGGCCACAUCAAGCCAAGGUGUCCAAAAGCGAAACACGGCAAGGAUAAGCCCGGCUUCAAGAAACAAAGGGCUUACAUCUCUUGGGGUGGCGAUUCCGGCGACGAAUCAACCGACCAAGAGGAGGACGAAGCUGCAAAUCUCUGCCUCAUGGCGCACGAAGAUCAAAACGACGACGUCCAAGAGAACAGGGCAGGAGCUUCCAGCAAAUCCAAAGCCAAAUCCCGGGCACCGGCAACCAACUCCGAGGAGCGCCUCUACUAUGGCGACGGAUCGUACCUCUGGUUCGAUUCCGAGGAGGAGCGCACCCGUUUCCUCACCUUCUUCUCUAAACGGGUUGUGGCUCAACCACGGAUCGUCCCGGAGCGCUUCCCAGAGUUGCAGGGCUACGACGAUCUAGACGCGCAGCUUCACCAAGCCGGCCUUUGGCCGUUCUUCUCCCGGGCUCGGAAGGAGAUCAACCCGGCGCUGAUUCGGGUCUUCUACUCCAACCUCCGGCGUGAGGGCGACGUGCUCUACUCUCUUGUCAAAAGCACGCCGAUAGAGCUUUCCAUUGAGCAGCUUGGGCGCAUCGCCGGCCUCCCCUACCAAGGCGGCGACGUCUCCCACUAUGUCGGAGAGGACUGGGUGCUCAAAAACGAGGGCCUUAUCCUCAACGAGCUUGGCAUCACCGAGCUCAUCCGCCAUGCCUCGGGCCGCCCCACCAUCCACUCUGCAAACCCCGAGAGCCGGCUUCUUCUCUACAUCGUGUCCCGAAUCAUCAAGCCCCGGAAGCAUGGGCACACGAUCAUUCUCCGCGUCCACGAUCACCUCCUCCCGUACCCGUUCGUGGUGAUGGACAUCCUUGAACGGUUCAAGAUGACCACCACCGUUGGCCCACUCACGAAGGCCACGAAGAUUUGGGCGAUCAGCACCCAAACCUUCAAGAAGCGGUCGGACAACGCCGGACCUGCCACUGCCGCGCCACGGCGCCGUUCUGCUGCUGGCCCAGCCGAACCCCAGGCCCGGGCCAACCUUGCCUCCAUCGCCGACUCCCUCAACCGGCUUCACUUCAAAGUUGACGGGAUGGAUGGCUACCUUGAGCGGCUCGACGAGGCUGUUCAACGCCAAGGACACGCCAUGAACGCAUACUUCCAACGCGUCAACUACGUCCCCCCACCGUACCAAGGCACGUUCCUUGGGCAAGUGUACGGUGACGAGGACGAAGAGGAUGGCUCCUACGCCCCGUCAAACUCCCCGGACGAGGACGAGUUCGAUGACGCUGUUGACAGCGAUGAGAUGGACGACGACGACGACGAGGAGGAAACCGAAGACGAAGACUAGGCCACACCUAGAAUUUUUAUCUCUUCUUUCUUCAAUUGUCUUGCUUCUUAUUAUUCUUAUUUCCAUUGUACUCCGCCUUUUCCCUUUAAUAAAUAAAAUUAUCUCUUAUCUUUUUGUUAAUGUCAAAAGGGGGAAGAAAAGGGCUAUGCAUAU